GCGUGCAACACAAUUAUGCAUUCCCACGCGCGCAUAAAAUAAUUUCACCAAAGAAAAAACCCCGGAAAGUCGAGAAGCUCUGGGACCUCCACAUUCCCUCAAUUCCCCGCCGUUAUUCCCACACGCCCAGAUGUCGCCGCCAAGGCGCCUCGCCGUGCUCCGCUCUCACCUCCGGCCCGACGGCCAGGCGCCGGCCCCCACCGAGGAACGCGAGCUACGGCCCGCCGCGCCGGUCGGGGCCGUUUCGACGUCGACGUGCGCUGGCGGCGGCGGGGCGGCCCGGGGCGACGUCGUGGGGGAAAGGGAGGGCUGCGUGUUCUGCCGGAUCAUACGCGGCGACGCGCCGGCGUACAAGGUCUACGAAGAUGAUGUAUGCCUCUGCAUAUUGGAUUCUCAUCCAUUGGCUCCUGGGCAUUCGUUGAUCAUUCCAAAAUGCCAUUUCCCAUCACUGGAAGCAACUCCACCACCUGUAGUUGCGGCCAUGUGUUCAAAAGUGCCAUUUCUUAGCAACGCAAUCAUGAAGGCAACUGAAUGUGAUUCAUUCAACUUGGUAGUCAAUAAUGGAGCAGCUGCAGGACAAGUUAUUUUCCAUACUCAUUUCCAUAUAAUUCCUCGUAGAUCUGGUGACAAAUUAUGGCCUACGGAGAGCUUUAGAAGGCGCUCCAUUGAGCCAAAUGAAACCUCAGGCCUUGUGAGCUGCAUCAAGGAGCAACUAUGUUUUACCCCGGAAGGCUGUAAGACUGAAGCAUCUAUACUGCGUAAGGAAACGUGAGGCAAAUUGCUGCUCUGGUCCAGUACAUAAUGCGCUUGGAUUGCAAACUGAAAGCAAUUUGUCUGUGUGGCAGUUCGAAUAGUAAUGCUCCAAGUUGGGGAGUGCUUGACAGGUCGUCCUGUGAUCUGUUGUAGUUUCAGGUUUAAAUGAAAGGUUGUCCUGUGAUCUGUUGUAGUUUCAGGUUUAAAUAGCUCUGGUAGCACUGGUAUUGUAACCGCUGUACAAUGCCGGACAAAAGUGCUAAAGGCUGUCAAGUUUCGCCUUUUGGAAUGUAAAAUCUCAGUUCUUUCUC